AGGUGUAGGCUGCUAUGCUGGCCUGGAACAACGACUUUCACCUCUCUAAAACCGGAAUGGUUUUGGUAAACACUGCUUUUAAGAUAAAAUAUUUUUGGUGACCACUCGUUUUGAUUGGAGGCUGAGUGAGGGCCAUUGCCAAAUCAGGCUCAAUCUCAGAGUUUUUCAAAUGUAGGCCUAAUAUUAUAUUUGGCGCAAUCUUUUUUCCUGCCAUGGGAAAACAAGGGAUACUGUUGUAGACUACUCAGUCUGCUACGCCCUCUUGUGGCAGAAAAAAAAGUAUUUCCACUUUUCUCCAAUUUGGCAAGGAACGUCUACCAGGAACGCCUACCAGGAACGCCCUAGAGACAGUCUGCAGUCACACUUUUUCUCUUUUCGCGCGCUACUCUCAUCCGUUACUAAUCCAAACUAGUAACGUCGACGUGGUUGGCUAGCUAGAUGUAAAUAUUGACUAAUUGGAAAUUUAUCACACAUGUUAUGGAGACAAGUUGCUUCUCUGAUAUCGACAAUGAGUCGGCGUCAAUUGUUGGUGAUUCUGAAGGAGAAGAAGAAACAAAUCUUUACCUGGACAGAUUGAUGCUUGCAGAUUUGCUAGACUCGCCCUACUCAUAUAAUUUGUCCACACCACACACCAUCAAUGGCUGUACAGACGGGUUUUCUCCUCAGAUAGCGAUGUUGACUUGUAGACGUUUGGAUGGCUUGGACCAAGUGCGUCUCACACCUGAAAAGAUCCAAUCCCCAUUUUUGUCAAGGAGUUCUGGGAAUCCAGGUGACGAGAAGGGAAUGGACGGUGUUAUCGCUCAAGGACAUGAUGGAGAAGACAGUGAGGGGAUGAUAGAAGAGGAUCCCUCUGAGGGGUCAGUGUCAGAGAGUCCCUCACAGCACGUUGGGAGUGGUACCUCUACCAGACGUUUGAAGAGAGCAGCCACGGUAGCUAAGACACAGGGUGGCGGUGGUUGUGACCUCUCACAGAAGGAGAUAGGUGCAGAGCCCAAGAGACAGACCAGGCUGACUGACAGUCAGACACAGGGGAGUAGACAGACCAGACCAAUGGAAGAAAUCAGACCAAACGGACAGAAUGACAACCAGGCACAGGAGAACAAACAGGAGAACAGACAGACCAGGCAGACUGAUAGUCAGAAGCAGGAGACCAGCGGACCAACCAGACAGACCAGGCAGACUGACAGCCAGAAGCAGGAGCCCAGCGGACCAACCAGACAGACCAGGCAGACUGACAGCCAGAAGCUGGAGACCAGCGGACCAACCAGACAGACUGACAGUCAGAAGCAGGAGACCAGCGGACCAACCAGACAGACCAGGCAGACUGACAGCCAGAAGCAGGAGCCCAGCGGACCAACCAGACAGACCAGGCAGACUGACAGCCAGAAGCAGGAGACCAGCGGACCAACCAGACAGACUGACAGUCAGAAGCAGGAGACCAGCGGACCAACCAGACAGACCAGGCAGACUGACAGUCAGAAGCAGGAAACCAGCGGACCAACCAGACAGACCAGGCAGACUGACAGCCAGAAGCUGGAGACCAGCGGACCAACCAGACAGACCAGGCACACUGACAGCCAGAAGCUGGAGACCAGUGGACCAACCAGACAGACCAGGCAGACUGACAGCCAGAAGCAGGAGACCAGCGGACCAACCAGACAGACUGACAGCCAGAAGCAGGAGACCAGCGGACCAACCAGACAGACUGACAGCCAGAAGCAGGAGACCAGCGGACCAACCAGACAGACUGACAGCCAGAAGCAGGAGACCAGCGGACCAACCAGACAGACUGACAGUCAGAAGCAGGAGACCAGCGGACCAAUCAGACAGACCAGGCAGACUGACAGUCAGAAGCAGGAAAAUGGAGGUGUGAACCACGGUCAAUCCCAUAGCAGGCGGGGCAUCACCCGUCUGAAUGCCCUCCACCGGAGGAACCGUUACGGGGAGACUCUACUCCAUAUUGCAGCCAUGCAAGGAGACACCCAGUGGAUCAGAGGCAUGCUGUCGCUGGGCCCCGACAUCAACAUGGCCGACAACGCAGGUUGGACUCCUCUUCACGAGGCAGUGUCCCACGGUCACUAUGAGAUCAGUAAGCACCUGAUCCAGGCAGGAGCUCUGGUCAACUGUACUGGAGAAAAUGGAACCACACCUCUACUUGAUGCUGUAGUGCAGGGACACCUGCAGAUAGCAGAGUUGCUGUUGAAGCACGGGGCAGACCCUCUACUGAAGAACAAUGAAGGACAGACAGCCUAUAGCAACACCACAGAACCCUGUCUGAUCAAACUCAUGGAGAAAAACAUCCCCAAUAACAAGAGAAAGGCACUAGCAGGAAGAAGCGUUGAGAGGUCAAGAGCAGGAGAACCCAUGAGACCGUUGAGGUCCGUGUCCGAGGGCACUGUGUCCAGGAACAUCUCUGGGGGGUCCCAGAGCGGGCGGACCGUCACCCCUCUGAAUAUCCUCCACCGGAAGAACUGUUACGGGGAGACUCUACUCCACAUUGCAGCCAUUCAAGGAGACACCCAGGGGGUCAGAGACAUGCUGUCACAGGGGCUCAACGUCAACAUGCCCGAUAAUGCAGGUUGGACUCCUCUUCACGAGGCAGUGUCCCACGGUCACUAUGAGAUCAGUAAGCACCUGAUCCAGGCAGGAGCUUUGGUCAACUGUACUGGAGAAAAUGGAACCACACCUCUACUUGAUGCUGUAGUGCAGGGACACCUGCAGAUAGCAGAGUUGCUGUUGAAGCACGGGGCAGACCCUCUACUGAAGACAAACAACGGACAGACAGCCUUUAGCAACACCACAGAACCCUCUCUGAUUAAACUCUUGGAGAAAAACAUCCCCAAGAACAAGAGAAAGGCACUAGCAGCACCAACAAAACGACCUGCAGACGCGUCCCAACUCAGCCCGUCCCAAAGUGGAACAGGGAGAAAGCUCAGGAGGUUACCAGUUCAGGCAGAUCAGACCAGCACUGACCAGGAGAGAUACCAGCAGAGACGCACAACAACCAGGUCUGAAACCAGCAACACUGACCAGCAGAGACGCACAACAACCAGGUCUGAAACCUGCAACACUGACCAACAGAGACGCACAACAACCAGGUCUGAAACCUGCAACACUGAACAGCAGAGAGACACAACAACCAGGUCUGAAACCAGCAACACUGACCAGCAGAGACGCACAACAACCAGGUCUGAAACCUGCAACACUGACCAACAGAGACGCACAACAACCAGGUCUGAAACCAGCAACACUGACCAGCAGAGACGGACAACAACCAGGUCUGAAACCAGCAACACUGACCAGCAGAGACGCACAACAACCAGGUCUGAAACCAUCAACACUGACCAGCAGAGACGCACAACAACCAGAUCUGAAACCAGCAACACUAACCAGCAGAGACGCACAACAACCGGGUCUGAAACCAGCAACACUGACCAGCAGAGACGCACAACAACCAGGUCUGAAACCAGCAACACUGACCAGCAGAGACGCACAACAACCAGGUCUGAAACCAGCAACACUGACCAGCAGAGACGCCCACCAACCAGGUCUGAAACCUGCAACACUGAACAGCAGAGAGACACAACAACCAGGUCUGAAACCAGCAACACUGACCAGCAGAGACGGACAACAACCAGGUCUGAAACCAGCAACACUGACCAGCAGAGACGCACAACAACCAGGUCUGAAACCAGAAACACUGACCAGCAGAGAGACACAACAACCAGGGCUGAAGCCAGCAACACUGAACAGCAGAGACGGACAACAACCAGGUCUGAAACCAGCAACACUGAACAGCAGAGAGACACAACAACCAGGUCUGGAACCAGCAACACUGACCAGCAGAGAGACACAACAACCAGGUCUGAAACCAGCAACACUGACCAGCAGAGACGGACAACAACCAGGUCUGAAACCAGCAACACUGACCAGCAGAGACGGACAACAACCAGGUCUGAAACCAGCAACACUGACCAGCAGAGAGACACAACAACCAGGUCUGAAACCAGCAACACUGACCAGCAGAGACGGACAACAACCAGGUCUGAAACCAGCAACACUGACCAGCAGAGACGCACAACAACCAGGUCUGAAACCAGCAACACUGACCAGCAGAGAGACACAACAACCUCUACUAAAGUUGCAGGGGUCUUGGGAGAGAAAGAGGAGCCUCGUGGCGAUGGCUCUACUGGUCCAAACCGUCCACUACCUUCUGUCCAGGAUGGGAUGCGGUCUACAGCACCAGCUAUGAAGAGGAACCUGGAGGACCAGGCAGGGGAAGAAGACUCGAGGCCUAAUCACGCCAUUUUAUCAGACACAUCCACACCUAGAAAAGUCAUUAAACGCAUCACCACCAAACGGAAGGAUAUCUUUGAUUUGCUCCUGCAGAGCAACCCUUUCGACCUGGACAGUGUUCUAUUGGCGGCCCAGACAGGAAAUGGUCAGGCGACAACAGGAAGUGCAGGUUUCCUGCUGGAGACAGCAGAUUUCAAAGGAAAAGAGGAAGGAAAGGAAUGGAACACAGAAAAGCAGGAAAUUACACAAUCCUCAGAGGAGAUCACUCUAGAUGGGAAUCUCUCCCAGCAUACCGACCACUGCCAGAGCCAGAGAGAGGAGAUCACUCUAGAUGGGAAUAUCUCCCAGCAUACCGACCACUGCCAGAGCCAGAGAGAGGAGAUCACUCUAGAUGGGAAUCUCUCCCAGCAUACCGACCACUGCCGGAGCCAGAGAGAGGAGAUCACUCUAGAUGGGAAUCUCUCCCAGCAUACCGACCACUGCCAGAGCCAGAGAGAGGAGAUCACUCUAGAUGGGAAUCUCUCCCAGCAUACCGACCACUGCCAGAGCCAGAGAGAGGAGAUCACUCUAGAUGGGAAUCUCUCCCAGCAUACUGACCACUGCCAGAGCCAGAGAGAGGAGAUCACUCUAGAUGGGAAUCUCUCCCAGCAUACCGACCACUGCCAGAGCCAGAGAGAGGAGAUCACUCUAGAUGGGAAUCUCUCCCAGCAUACCGACCACUGCCAGAGAGAGGAGAUCACUCUAGAUGGGAAUCUCUCCCAGCAUACUGACCACUGCCAGAGAGAGGAGCUCACUCUAGAUGGGAAUCUCUCCCAGCAUACUGACCACUGCCAGAGCCAGAGAGAGGAGAUCACUCUAGAUGGGAAUCUCUCCCAGCAUACCGACCACUGCCAGAGAGAGGAGCGCACUCUAGAUGGGAAUCUCUCCCAGCAUACUGACCACUGCCAGAGCCAGAGAGAGGAGAUAACUCUAGAUGGGAAUCUCUCCCAGCAUACUGACCACUGCCAGAGAGAGGAGAUCACUCUAGAUGGGAAUCUCUCCCAGCAUACUGACCACUGCCAGAGCCAGAGAGAGGAGAUAACUCUAGAUGGGAAUCUCUCCCAGCAUACUGACCACUGCCAGAGAGAGGAGAUCACUCUAGAUGGGAAUCUCUCCCAGCAUACUGACCACUGCCAGAGCCAGAGAGAGGAGAUCACUCUAGAUGGGAAUCUCUCCCAGCAUACUGACCACUGCCAGAGAGAGGAGAUAACUCUAGAUGGGAAUCUCUCCCAGCAUACCGACAACUGCCAGAGCCAGAGAGAGGAGAUCACUCUAGAUGGGAAUCUCUCCCAGCAUACUGACCACUGCCAGAGCCAGAGAGAGGAGCUAACUAAAGAUGGGAAUCUCUCCCAGCAUACUGACCACUGCCAGAGCCAGAGAGAGGAGAUCACUCUAGAUAGGAAUCUCUCCCAGCAUACUGACCACUGCCAGAGAGAGGAGAUCACUCUAGAUGGGAAUCUCUCCCAGCAUACCGACCACUGCCAGAGCCAGAGAGAGGAGAUCACUCUAGAUACGAAUCUCUCCCAGCAUACUGACCACUGCCAGAGCCAGAGAGAGGAGAUCACUCUAGAUAUGAAUCUCUCCCAGCAUACUGACCACUGCCAGAGCCAGAGAGAGGAGAUAACUCUAACUCAAGAGGGGCAUCUUUCCCAGCAUACUGACCACACAGACGAAGCAGGGUUCAAUCUAGGUGAAUAUUUCAAUUUUAACCCAACAACGAGUGCUGACAGAUACCAACACAAUAACACUAUCUGGGCAGAGGAAACCAGUCAAAACCCUGACCAGAAUACAUGUCCUGAAGCCUUAGUGCCGCUAGCUGGAUUGGAUGCCACAAGAAACAGCAUCUCCACCGAUAAGUCAAAGGUCACCCUCACCCACCGACCUGCUAGACCAGAGACUGACCCUGUGGACAAGACCAGAUCUGCGGUAGAGGUUGACCUGAGCCAAAUAGACCAGGAUGACACCUGCUGUACCCUCAUAGACAACGUCUCACUUGUUGAACACCUGUCCCUGUCCAAAGCACCUGUCCCUUUGGAAACCACUGACGUUGUGAAUGCCUGUGUGGCUGGGACAUCAUCUCCAUAUGUUGAUGACAAGUGUAAGCUAGACAAUGGUCUCCUGUCCAAUGAAGACUUGGAGGAGCAGUGUAGCGUGUCUCUUCUUCCGCCUCAUUCAGACGCUACAGCAACAACACACCUGGAUGUCACGAGACAAGCUUCCAUUGUUGACGAGAAGCAGACACAACCAGUAGAGGCACCAUCAGCGAUGGAGGAUGAUAAUGAUGAAUAUCUUGGCUCUUGCAACACUAGCUCACCAUCCCUCCUAGUGGCUGAGGAGCUCCACGGCCCUGUGGGGAUAUCAGAAUGUACAGAGACCAAUAUCGAUACACUGUUUAUGCAGAGAGCAAGUCAAAUCCCCAAAGCUUCUUCCAUUGGAUCAGAUGUCGGUUUAAAAGCCAACCUGCUAAAAUGCACUGGUCUCGAUCUCCAGCUGAUUGGAGACAGACUGAACAGAGAGACCACGGCUGCUGUGACUGGAAGAGAUGGUGAGAGAUGUCAUAUUGAUGGUGGACAACGGGAGGGAGGCUCUGUAACACACAGAGUGUCUAGAGACCCGGAUGCUUCUACUGACAAGACUUUGUCUUCCGACAAUAAAGACAAUGGCGCUGACUCUGACAUCACCGUGGUCUCUGAGCUGGACCAAGCAGAGACAAAGAACAAUGAUCUGGAACAAGUUGAAAAGGAGGAGGUGGCGAAAGCUCAUGUUCAACUUGAUUCAGAAGCGACAAUUGGUUCCGUCCAAGAUCAGGUGAGAGGAGUAGAAAACCAAACCCCCGGGACUGAAGUUGAGACUUUAGAUACAUUAAUAGAUUACUCUGAGGCGUGUGAGAUGAAUGGUAAUGGAUAUACCACUACUGUAAUGGAGGACUCCACUAGCCUGUUACCCGCUUUAGAUGACUGCCAAGCUAAAGACGGUGUGAAGGAAGAUGAACCAGAGAUGAACACUAUGCAAAGUGAUACGGGCCGCGCCAAACACCACAACAGCUGUAGUCAACACAAGAGGAAAGCCAAGAGCAGUAGAGCCAGACCUGGCAAGAGGCAGGCCAAGCUGUUGUUGAAGCCAAAGCCAAACCCUUGGGCAUCGCAAAACAGAAGUACUAGUUACACAACAGGUGGUGCUGAUACCUCGUCUAGUUCAGUAGGUCCCAUGCCUGGCACAAAGAUUCCCUUGAGGAAUCUACACAGGAGAAACAGUAUGGGAGAGAGCCACCUUCACCUGGCAUGCAAGAAAGGAGACCUGGCUCUAGUGAGAGGCCUUCUGGAAGCAGGCCUAAAUGUCAAUCAGAUAGAUCACGCAGGUUUGUAA